AUGGCCCUGGAUAUUUCAGUGUCGCACUCCUUGAGGUACGAUUUCACUGCUGUGACCGAGUCCAGCCUUGGGCAGCCUGCAGUUACAGCCCUCGGCUACCUGGACGGCCAACUCUUCGUCGCCUACGACAGCGAGAGCCGCAGCGCCAAGUCCAGGGGUGGGGAACUGCUCCCGCUGCUGGCAGCCAAGGAGACCGCGUUCCUGGAAGGUCGAGCGCAGGAAGUAGCUUGGGGUCUGAAGACCAUCAUGGGCUACAAUGAGCUCAUCGGGCCCCAUACCCUGCAGUUGAGCCACGGCUGUGAGCUAAGCAACAGCGGUAGGUUCUGGCGCUACAGCUACGACGGGGAGGACUUCACCGCUUAUGAUCCAGCGACCUGGGCCUGGGGCGCGACACUCCCCGAGCCCGAGAGACGGCGGAGGCAGCUAGUGGUCGGGCGCCGCCUAUCAGCAGUGCGCGCCUGGUUGGACCACGAGUGCGUCGCGGCGUUGCGGAGCCUACUGGCUGCGGGACUUGGGGGCCCAGCACCAGUUGUGGCCCCCAGGGUUGUGGUGACCCAACAGGAAGAUCCUGAGGGCAGCCGCACCCUGCGAUGCAGAGCAUUUGGCUUUUCACCUGCCAAUAUCACACUGACCUGGCUGCAAGAUGGGAAGGAGCUGACCCUGGAUUCAGGACUCAAGGGGACCCGACCUGGGGGCAACAAGACCUACCAGAGCUGGGCAGUUGUGGGAAUCCUCCCUGAAGAGGAGCUGAGAUACACAUGCUUAGUGGAACACACGGCCCUGAAGAGGCCUAUCAGCGUGGCUUGGAGUCAGAGGACCAGAAAUGAGACUGGUGAAUCCAAAUCCUGCCCAUACUUUGGAGCAUUGGCUCAUUUCCCACUGAUGAGCCAGCUCGAGCCUCUGGAAGAGGCCCCUCCUCCCGGGAGUGGCAGCAAGUGUCAGUUGGUGGAGUACACUUCUGCUGAUGGGAAGCCCCACCUCAUUGACCUGGGCACAGGAAUCGGGACCUUCUUAAACAAUCACACUGAGUUCCAGUGCUACUAUGAAAUGAAGGAAAAGGAUGUGCUUAAAUCUGGGGUCAAUAGCAGAAAGUAUGUCUGGCUUCAUAAGGCCUUGGACACUUCUGAAGUAGACAGAAAAGAAGAUGAGGAGGAAGAAGAAGAGGAGGUAUCCGACAGCUAG